AUGCUGUCGUCCCUGAAGACCCUGCUGCUGAUCUCGGUCCUGUGCACACCGACCUCCAGCCUGUGCCUCCGCCUCCACCGGACCCGCGCCGACCUCCUGUGCGAUGACCGGAUGGCAGCCGGGGCCCGGAGCGACGAGGACGAGCCGGGCUACUCCCCCGUGGACGGCUGGGGGUCGCUCCUGCAGUCCGCGGAGUAUCUCGCCUCCUCCUCCUCCUCCUCCUCCUCCUCCUCUUCCUCUGCCGAGACCAGCCGGGAAAAAAGGACCUCAAGUCCCACAAACUACCGCUUCACGAGCAGGACGAAGCUCAGAGGGCAGAUGCUCCGGAACAGCAGCAAAGGGGACCGGAGGAGCAGGCUGACCCUGUCCCUGGACGUCCCGACCAACAUCAUGAACGUCCUCUUUGACGUGGCCAAGGCCAAAAACCUGCGGGCCAAGGCGGCGGAGAACGCGCGUCUCCUGGCGCAGAUUGGACGGAGAAAGUGA